AUGGGAUCGUUCAGCCGAUGGUCAGCGUACGGGUCCGGUGGUCGAUGUCUUCGGCUCCUUUAUCUCAGCACGAACCUCUUGUCAGUGGUAGGUUGACCUCGUGUAGUGACUUUGUCUAGAUGCUGGCAUGUGCCGUGUUUGUGUACGGGUGUUGGAUGUAUCACAAUUAUUCAGAAUACGCAGAGCUUUUAGCUCCCAGUUUAUACGUCGAUGUGAGCAGGAUCAUGAUUGUGGUUACGUUGCUAGCCAUCUUUAAUUCUGUCAUAUCGACAUAUGGAGUAUUUAAAGAACUGAGGUGUAUGAUUUACUCGGUAAUUUUGCUCUGUUUUGGCGUUGAUCAUCUGGUUUAGUUUUCCAUUGCAAGUGUCAUCAUCUUCAUUAUGUUGUUUAUUGGCGGAGUCAUGGGCUUCGUCUUUCAGUAUAAACUCCGUCAUCAAAUUCCUUUAGACAUGAAGAUGUAUACUUCAUUAAGGGAAUUAUAUGGCAACGAGGAAUGGCCUGAUGUCACCAAAGCAUGGGAUUCUCUCCAGACGAAUGUAAGUGCAAAAGAGUAAAUUAUUUAACGAGUUAGUUCCAAUGUUGCGGAGUGAAUGGAACUGAUGGUUGGACAAUCUGGGGCCAAUCGAAAUGGCAUAUGCACUUCAAGGUUGAGGGGAAUGCAGAGAAGGCAAAGAUGCCGGAUUCCUGGUAUGUUUUGUCAGCCAUAGUGGCUUUUUGGCCGAGCCGAAAAUCGCGGGCCGGAGGGCGCCGGCCCGUUUUAAGUUUUCCUCGGCCCGGCUAAGUAGAAGUCAGGCCCGGCCCGGUUGCACCCCCAAGUUUUUUCUAUAACAUAAUAUUAGAUGACAGGAAGUGGUAUUAGCAGGCUAAAAAAGUCCAAAAAAGUUUAAAAACUAAGAAAACGGAUGCUAAUUCAGCCCGCCUUUAUAUGGGCAAUCAUUUGGUGCAUUUACGAAAAAUGUUCCCUAUUUUUUUCAAUUUCAAUACUGCAACUUUCCUUUUUGGCAGUAAGCUCAACUUGCCGUGGCGACUCGCAGGCCACAAUCCAGCCAAAGGCCAUUCCUAGUUUCGUCAGUUACCGUAAUCACCAAAAAAACACUUGAUCUUUUGAAAUGCAAGAAACAUAAUUUAUCACUGUCCGAUUGUUCCCUUAUAAUUGGGACCACAAAAUUCGUUAGCCUCAUAUUUUUUGACGACCAUUAGCCGGGUGCCAGUUUGGAUAUUUAUCUCGGCAUUAUUCAACUACUAGAAGGUAAAAGCAUAAAUUUCGAUGUCCAUUUCAGUUGCCCAAUUGGGAGUGAAGAGCAUUGCCGAAACUCACAUCUCACAUCCAUCGAGGGCACUCCCAUCUUCAGCAAAACAUGUUAUAAGCCGCUGAAAGAGCGUCUUCUGUUUGUGGUGAAUACGGCCAGCUGGCUCUCGAUUGUGGAAAGCGGCGUUCUGGUAAGAUGGCUCGGUUUCGUUCACACCAGUUUGAUGAUUUAUGUUUUAGUCAUCAGAUUAUAUAAUUACAAUUACUCUAAUUUUUAUUCCAUUUCAGCUCAUUCCCGCCUUGUUCGCCGCAAUGUACGCUCGUUUAAUAAAGAAGUAG